UAAGGACCCGUCUGACACCAUGGCAACGCAGCUACCGCGUUAGCUAAUCCUGUUUGGUUUGAAGCUGCCGGCGGCAGAAUCUGCUCCUUUUCUACCAUCUUUCCACUAUAAAAACAACAAAAUGUGACCUUACUUCAACUAAACCAUCAUGUAUAAGUAAUUUAUUACGACAGACGCAUUUAUGAACGCACAGGACCGCACAGACCGAUGCGAUGUGAGCUUUGUCACAGUUAACGGUGUCUUCUCACAAAGAGACGAUGCAAAUGUUGCCCGUUUGGGGGCUCGCCAUCCCUCUCCCAGCAGUGCUGAUGAUUACUCUGAGUCUUUACAUGAUGGUGUUGGGGAUUGGGCUGUGGAUCCGAUCCUGCCUCAAGGACCGGUGUUCUUCAGAGUGUGGAGAUUGCUGUCCGAACAUUUCUGUAUGUGAGCAGUGCUUCAGAUUGGCUGAAAUGUGUGACCAUCGCCUGCCAACGCUGCGCUCGUGCCAGGCCGAGUCGUGCCCUUCUCCUUCUUGUGUCAAAUGGGACUGUGCCUGCACCUGUCAGCCUCCUGAGUGUGACUCCUGCAACUGUCUCUGCUUCGAGAUCAGGAUCAAGUAGAAGAAGAGGAUGUUGGCGCACUGAUGCCGGAGUUUUUAAAAUGUACGCCUUUUUAUCAGGGACUUUUUCUUUUGACUUUUUAACCUUCAAAGAAGACUGAAAAUGAUUCUGUUACUGCCAUCAGAUGGCACCGCCUCCACCGUAAUUUUAUAACUUUACCGAACAGAACAGGGUCUCCGGCUUUCACGUGGUUGAAGGACUUUGUUCACUAUCGUUAAAUUCAAAUUGUUUACUGGGUAAAACCCUCUAUCCAAGUUUGUGUAUCGCAAUAUCUCUACUGUUUAUCCUGAUAUAUAACACGUUUUCUGGAAGAUUCAUUGAGUUAAUGGAUGAAAUAAGUUUUUAGCUAAUAGAAUUUUAAAUACUUGACAAAUCAAGGUAUUUCUAGAAACUUAUAUUGGCUUAUGUAAAAGUUCAGUGUGACCAUAAACACUGCACUCAAUGGUCUAAUAUUUAAGCAGAUAUUAAAGCGUCAGACAUUAAGGCGCUCCCUUUAAACUACUUACACAAAGCACUAAAUUGAUGAAACCUCUGUACUUGAUGAAGAGCCAGUUUGGGCCCGAAACAUUGUGCUUUUUUAAUGAAACAGAUAUUUCAAAGGGAGCGUUUCUGGUUUAUGAGUGCAUGGACAAGAAAGAUGUGCACAUGUUUUGCACCCUUGUUGCUUAGAUAACACUAUAAAUGGAAUUGCAAAAUCUCCGACCUCAGACAACCCCAGUUUUCAGUUUACAUAUCAGUGUUUUUUAAUUUCUAAAUUAAAACGCUAAAACUCAACGUAAAACUAGAGAAACAUUUUGAGGACAGGAUUUUGUCAGUCCAUCUCUUAAUACUGUCUGACUUCCUGUUUGUGGCUCUCUGCUCCAAUUGGCUCCUAUUGAAGCUCAUAAAUAUGUAGUUUAAAAAAAGGUUCAGUAAUUUGCUGCAGUUUACUUGGUCUUGAGGUCUUUUCAGCGGCGGAUGAAUCCACAUUUGGCGCGUGGUAGGAUCAAGUCAUGUUGGAGUUUUUCAUGAUACUUAAAACAGAAUAUCACCAAACUUGUUCUUUUUAAUGCCAUAAAACGUUGUAUGUGUAAAAAUGACUAAAGUAGCUUUGUGCUGAUAUUUUAUACAUUCUGGGUUUUUUUUUAAAUUUGUAUUAAAUUCUGAAAUGUUUAAACAUUGAA